AUGGCGUUCGGUGGGUUCGGGGGGUUCGGUGGACAACAGACCCCGUCCCCGUUCGGUGGCGGCGCGCCGACGUCGGCGUUCGGGGGACAACAGGCCUCGCACGCGGGCGCGAGCGGUGGAUUCGGGACGGCGGGCGGUGGAUUCGGCGCCGGUGGGUCCAGCGCGUUCGGUGGGUCGCAGUCGACGCAGAGCGCGAGUCCGGUGGCGAAUGCGUGUAAGUUUUGGAACAAAGGGAGCUGUAAGUUUGGCGCGCGGUGUAACAACAAGCACGUGUGCUCCAAGUGCGGAUCGACGGCGCAUCGGGCGGUGAGCUGUUCGAUGACCCCUGGGGCGACGGGGUAUCGCGCGACGCGAGUCGUGGAUAAGGAAUUGUUGACGCCGGGGACGACGUACGCGAUGGUGCACUCGAUCAGCGCGAUGCCGGAGAAUUUGGCGAAGAGCGCGGAGGAGAUUCGAGCCGAGGCGUACGCGAACGCCGAUCAGCCAGCGACGAGCGGGUUCGGCGGGUCGCCCGCACCGGGGGCGUUCGGGGCGCCAGCGUCGACUGGAGCGUUUGGUGCGCCGGCGUCGAGUGGAUUCGGGGCGCCGAGUUCGACUGGGUUCGGGGCGAGCCCGAGCGCAGCGUCGCCGUUUGGCGCGCCGGCGACCGGGGGUGCCUUCGGAGCGACGCCGAACGCUUUCGGCGGUGCAUCCACGCCGAGCGCUUUCGGUGGGGCGUCUACGACCGGUGGAUUCGGUGCGUCAGCGGGCGGUGGUUUCGGGGCGUCAGCGGCGUCGGCGAGUCCGUUCGGGGGGGCGUCGGCGACGCCGAGCGCGUUCGGCGCGCCAGCUUCAACCGCCACAGGUGGAGGGUUGUUCGGUGCCGGAUCUUCGACGCCCGGUGGGUUCGGUGCAGGCGCCUCGACGCCGAGCGUGUUCGGUGCCCCCGCAACGCCGAGCGCUUUCGGCGCUGCACCGGCUUCGAGCGCGUUUGGCGCUCCGGCUGCGGCAGCAAGUCCGUUCGGCGCCCCGGCGGCAUCGACGCCGAGCGCUUUCGGCGCCGCGCCGAACGCGUUUGGUGCUGCGCCGACACCGAGCGCAUUUGGUGCCGCACCAACGUCGACGCUUGGCGCUUUUGGAGCCACUCCCGCUCCGAGUCCGUUCGGCGCAGCGCAGACGCCAGGCGCCUUUGGGGCUACUCCGGCUGCGAGUCCGUUCGGUGCGCCCGCGUCCUCUGCCAGUGGUGGCUUGUUCGGUUCGUCGGCGCCUGCUUCGGGAGGUGGCCUGUUCGGUUCGUCGGCGCCAGCGACGUCCGGAUUCGGAGCUUCGACGCCCGCUUUAGGCGGUUUUGGCGCGCCCAAGCCCGCCGGCGGUUUGUUCGGAGCGCCAGCUACUCCGGCAACAGGCGGAGGUUUGUUCGGGGCUCCCGCGACGACACCUAGCUUGGGGGGGACCACUCCUGGAUUUGGCGCCGCUCCCGCUGCGGGCGGUGGUCUGUUUGGAUCCACUGCAACGCCGUCCACGGGCGCGGGUGGUUUAUUCGGCGCCUCGUCGCCGUCCACGGGUGCGGGCGGAUUGUUUGGAGCAGCUCCAGGCGCAGCCACGCCCGCGUUCGGCGGUUUUGGCGCGGCUAAUGCCACGCCCGCGUUUGGUCAAUCUUCUGCGGCCUCUGGCGGUCUCUUCGGUGCUUCCACCGCGGCUUCUGCUCCGUCUGGUGGACUCUUCGGCGCCGCUCAGACGACGGCGACGGGCGGCGGCUUGUUUGGCGCCUCCGCACCCACAUCUGGUGGUGGUUUGUUCGGUGCACCGAAGCCAGCGACCGGAGGGUUGUUCGGAUCUGCACCUUCGACCGGCGCUGCGCCUGCUGGAGGACUUUUUGGCGCUUCCGCGCCCGCGGCGGGCGGUAGUCUAUUUGGUGCGACCGCUCCGUCGACAGGUGGCGGACUUUUUGGCGCCUCCGCUCCCGCGGCGGGUGGUGGCCUGUUCGGCGCUUCUGCACCCGCAGCUGGGGGUAGUAUUUUUGGCGGCGGUUUAGGUGCCACGCAACCGAACGCAGGCGCUCUCGUUUCUCUCGGCGGUCAGCCAGCUGUGGCGACGACGCCGUACGGCUCUCCCCUUCAACCGCCGUCGCUUCAGUUGGCGACCACCGAGCAGCUGCCGGCAAAGAGAUCGCUUCUCGGCACGAUGCAGAGUCCGUCAGCCGGUGCUGCCGCCACCGCGUUUCCCGUUCGAUCUCUCACGCCGCGAUCUCCGUGGCUCACGAGCCGAGGAGGCUUGAGCAGGGAUCCGAAGCCUCGUGGCAGCGUCUCGGCUUUGACUCCAACGAGUGCCGUGAAAGCUGUCAGCACGCCCACUUCAGCGGUGAGACCCGGAAGCUCAGUUUCCGUUGCGACUCCAUCGAGCGGUGGAUGGCUUUUCAAGCCUCGUGAGAAUCCUCGAGCUCUCUUCAUUCGACCGGAAGGCGCCUCGCCCUUGCCCGCUCCAUCUGUUGCCUUGGCGGUUUCUCCGCAGCGCGAAGCUCACAGCCCCGAGAACAGACAAGUGCACUUCGCGGAUGACAAGGAGAACACGCCGAAGAAAAGUGGCGCGAAUGCCAUCGAUGCGAUCAUGCCGAAGCUCACCGGAAAGGGGUACAGCAUGAAUCCGACUGUUGAGCAAAUGGAGAGGAUGUUUGAGCGAAACGGCGACGCCGCGCUUGCCGCAAUCGAUAACUUUUCUGUGUCGAAUGAAGCCUACGGUCGCGUCAAAUGGCUCGAGCCCGUGGAUGUGCGCGGGCUAGAUCUCGACAAAAUCGUCUCUUUCGAACAAGCAUGCCUGUGUCUGUAUCCCGAAGAUCAGGACAUCGAGCCUCCCGAGGAGGGUCAAGGCUUGAAGAAGCGAGCUGAGGUCACUCUCUACGGCAUCUUGCCGAAGAAGUCGGGUGCGGACGCGAAGGAAAAGUACCGUGAAAAGAUUGCCAAGCAGACUGAAAAGGCUGGCGCAGAACUCGUGGAGUACAACGCGGACACUGGGAUCUGGAAAUUCAUCCUUCAGCUGUGA